GUGGUCUGGGCUUGCAACUUCCACAGCAGGCUGGUUUUCCAACAGUCCCUGCUUUGUGUCUCUACCCACUGCGCCUGCAGCCACACUACAGCUUCUCCAUGAGACCGGUUUUUAAGUCCUGACCUGAUCCUCUGACGAUGAGAAUGCUGUUGAGGGUCUGUCUCAUUGCAGCUCUGCUCGCAUGCUAUGUCCUGUUAAGUUGUGCUUCAGAACAUAACAAGAGGAAAGGUGAAGAAUUUCAAAGCAACGACAAGAACGCCAACAGCAACAUCAAGGUGAAGAGAAACUACACAACAGCACAUGACGGGAGAUCUAAGGUUGUGACUCCGAGGAAGAAGCUCAAGAAGACGGGAAGUAAGAUAGGGCCAAGAGGUGACAACAGCUGCACCAGGCUGGGAGGCAUCUGCCAACCAAACCGAUUCAUCUGCCAAGGCAGGUACCUAAAAGACAAGUGCUCAGGGACCAAGAAGCAGCAGUGUUGUAUGCCAGUUGGAGCCUGGAGUGUCCUUUGUGCUGGUCACCACAACAACAGAGUGAGGGCAUGCGAUGUGCACGGCUGUGGAGCUUUCAACUCCAAAAGAGGUAAUGGCCUCCAUAAAGCAGUGGACCUGGUUUGUGAUGACUAUGGUAUUGUCAACGCUCCAUUCUCAGGAAAUCUGGCAGGUCCAGUGAGUCGGAAAGACCCAGCGGGGAAUCAGUAUGAUGGGGUCAAACUUCUCAGUGAUGUUGACUGUGUGAAGCUCUUCAACAUCCGUCCAUACCGUUACAUCGGCCCAGUGGCUCAGGGAGAAGCCUUGGGUUAUCUGUUGCCACUGCAGGAACGCUUCUCCGGCAUCACCUCACACCUGCAGCUGCAAAAGUGUGACGGCACUGACCCUUCACCUUUUAUAUGACCUAUAACUUUCAUCUUGCGUGCAAGUUGUGACCCCUCACCUUUAGAAACACUUAACAUUUGACCCAUGACCCUGUUAAUUUAACCCCGGCUGCCUAAUUAGGAUUAUAACACCUUAUGUUACCUCUGACAUUUCCAUGUGAUGAAAAUGAGCAGUUUUCAUUCAUGAUGUUUUCAUUUUACAUUUAACUUCUAGCCUGUGAUGCAAGAGUCUCAAUACUCCUUUGUCUACAGAGUACAGCCAAACAAAACUUUAGUCUCUCUCCCUAGUUACAGCAUUUGAAAAUGGGCCAACCCCUCUUCCAAUCUUGUGAUAGACAACUUUGUGUGCCUGAUGAUCCAUUUCUUAAUUUUUUAACCUUUUGUAUAUUUUUGUAUAGUAAUUUUUCCACUGAAUAUUGUUUUUUUUUUUUUGUUUUUUUUUUUUACAUGGACUCAUUUAACAAUUUUUACAUCAUCUCUUUGUAUUUGAAUGAUGCAAUAAAGUCCUUGUUUCA